CGAAGCAUUUACACGGGGAACCAUGGAAUACAUUUUAGUUCCAACCCGAAUUUAUUUACGCAACGGACAUGUGUUGCGGUCUUCACUCUUCUUCCAGCGACGUUAACUGAUGUUGCUUUGGCUGCAGUUUAUAGUGUUGCGUUUCAGUGCAUGAUGGUGUGGUCCAUUUAACGUUAUAGAAUGCCCAACGCUAGCACAAGGCCCAAGCGAGGCAGACGGAACCGCCGGACACCCAGGGAGGACCCGGCCAGAAAUGAGCUUGUGUCCAGGUCACUGGAGAGUGCCCAGCAGUGUCUGUUCAACCAAGACUAUGGAACCGCCUUUGUACACUAUCUUCUUGUCCUCAACCUUGCUCCUGUACUGAAGGACUUUGCUAAGGAGUCCUUCAGGUUUACUCUGUUCAAAUGGGCAGAUGAGCUAGACUCUCUGGGACGUAUCCAGGACUUGUUUGACUGCUAUGAACAGGCUCUGGAGCUCUUUCCUACUGAUGAGGUCAUCAUCAACAGUAUGGGAGAACACCUGUUCAGAAUGGGAUUUCGAGAUGAGGCCGCGGGCCAUUUCCACAAGGCCCUGAAGCUGAAGCCGGACUUCCCCGAGGCCAAGGAGAACUUCUACCGCGUGGCCAACUGGCUGGUGGAGCGUUGGCACUUCUUGAUGCUCAACGACCGCCGGAGGAACCAGAAGUACCAGCAGGCCAUCCAGAAGGCUGUUGACAGCGGCUGCAGUACGGUGUUAGAUAUAGGCACAGGAACUGGCAUCCUCAGUAUGUGUGCGAAGAAGGCAGGGGCCGCUGAAGUGACAGCUUGUGAGCUGUCCAAGACCAUGUACGAGUUGGCCUGCGAGGUAGUCACCGCUAACGGGAUGAACGGACGCAUCAAGAUCCUCCAUAUGAAGUCGCUGGAGAUGGAAGUGCCCAAAGACAUUGCUAGAAGGGUUUCGCUUGUUGUCACGGAGACUGUGGACGCUGGCCUGUUUGGGGAGGGAAUUAUAGAGAGCCUUAUACAUGCCUGGAAUCACCUGCUUUUGCCUCCACAGAGUGCCCAGGACCCAUCCAGGCCUCCGUCCCAAUCGGGCCGGGUCAUCCCAGCCGGCGCCACUGUGUUUGGGAUGGCGGUCCAGUGUUUGGAGGUUCGUCGGCACCACAGGCUGUGUGUGUCUGAGGUGGGGGGCCUGGUCAUGGCUGCGGCCGGAGAGCUCCACAGUCCGGUGAGCUGCGGCUCGGAGGACGACUCCACGGAGCCGUACACAACCGAGAGGCUGAGCCGGCUGCCCGGGGGCUACACCCCCCUCACCAAACCCUUCAAGGCCCUGGACAUAGACUUCAACAACGUGCAGGAGCUGGAGGGCCUGUGCUCCAGGGAGGUGAGCCGGCUGCAUCUUCCUGUCACCGGGGAGGGCCUGCUGGACGCCCUGGCAGUGUGGUUCCAGCUCCACCUGGACCAGGAAAGCAGCCUGUCCACCGGACCUGAGGAGGACACCUGCUGGGAGCAGGCCAUCUACCCCGUACAAACACUGCACAAUUUUCCCCUGAGGGCCGGUGAUGAGCUCAUCGUGGAGAUCUCCUGCCGUGACGCCUACCUAAGACUCUGCAGUGUUGCCGUGGCGAGAGACGGGCGAGAGUUCCGUCUGGACGACUGUCUGGAUCCAGAGAGGCCCAGAAACAGCCCAGGGCCCAGCGGCGGUCCCAAGCCGAGCCCAAAUGCUGAGGCAGAGCUGUGCAGUGCCCUGGCCUGCCUGGGUACAGACCGCAGCCCAAGCAAUGGGCUGAGAGACUACACAAUGCUGGAGUGUGCCGAGAUGGCCCUCCUCAACAACCAGCCCUACCAUGACAGCUUUCGAAUGGCUAUGGCUAAACUCAUCAGCAACCUCAAAGGCGCACGUUCGGCCCGGGGCCAAGGGUUAGAGGUCACGCCUGUGGCAGACCCCGCUGUUGGGCCUAUGGACCCCGGUCCUGACCCCUUCUACGUUCUUGACGUGUCCGAGGGCUUCUCAGUCCUCUCACUCAUGGCGGCCGGUCAGGGUCAGGUGAAGGCCUACAGUUCGGUGGAGAAGCCCCAUCACCAGGCGGUGCUGAGGAGGCUGGCCAGGGCCAACGGCAUCCCAGAGGAGGCUCUCGAGUUCUGGCUGAACCAAGUGGAGGACGAGCAGUCCGUUCUGCAGAGGCCCUCUAGGGAGAAGCUGUGGAGCGCUAUCAUAUUAGACUGUGUGGAGACCUGUGGUUUGGUCAGACAGAAACUGAUGGAGAAGGCCACCCUAGCAAGGUGCCUGCUGGAGGAUGGCGGUCAGGUCUUCCCUGAGAGGAUUGUGCUGUACGGGAUGCUGGUGGAGUCUGACACCUUGCUUCAGGAGAGUGCAGUCCAGGGCCGGGAGCCUACACUGGGCUUCAACAUAGCCCCAUUCAUCAACCAGUUCACUGUACCAGUCCACGUGUUUCUGGACCUCUCCACUCUGCAGUGUCGACACCUCAGUGACUCUGUGGAGCUGUUCGUCCUGGACCUCAUGAACACCAAUGCCAAUUACACAGACAGAGACGUCAAGGUCCAGGCUAGCGCGUCAGGCAGGGUGACCGCUGUCCCUUUCUGGUACCAGAUCCACCUGGACGAGGAGAUCAGCGUGAGCACCUUCAGCCGGGAGUCCCACUGGAAGCAGGCGGCCGUGGUGCUGCACCAACCCCUGGUGGUGAGGCGCGGCGACUGGGUGCAGCUGACCGUCACGCUCCGCAAGAGCUCCAUCUCCGUGGCGGCCCGCGUGGAGAAAGAGGCCGAACCGACCGGGACGCCGGCCGCACGGUCCGUCGGAGGGUCGUCAUAGCGACUAAUGGACUCCACGUCGUAAGGAGGUGUUGUUGCUUUUGAUUCUACAAGUGCAUCAAGUACUCUUGGUUUUAACCAGAGAGGGGUGUACAGUUUGUUUCCUACUGUGGGUUUGAACUCUGUUACCGAAGGAG